UGUUACAGUCCGAAAAUGGCCCCCUGCUGUACGCCAUAGGAUGGCACUGACUCUAAAUCAUCAGGUAUGACAGACAAAAGCCUUCUUUAGCUACUUGGAAACGUGGACAAAAUGGUUGAGGAGGAAGGACUGGAAUUUGACAUCCUCGAGAGCAGGAGAGUCAAUUGCACCUUGAUGGCAUUGGGACAGCAUGAUAGAUAUAAAAAUGGCGGCGAUGUUCAUUUUGUUUACCUAAGCUUAGGAAGAACACGCAUUUUAUUUGUUCCGCCGCGCAUUGCAGAAAUCGUAUUUUUAAACGGUUUAAAUUCAAAGGUACCUACAGGUGUUUUUGACAUGGCUUCUACUUCAUCUGGCAAAAAGCGCACUUAUAAAGAAGCAUUUCUACAAUGGCGUUUCACAAGCAUCGUAGACAAAAAUAUAGAAAAGCCUCAGUGUGUUUUAUGUAAUAAACAACCGUUAUUUCUGAAAUAA